GUUUCUAGUCGGACGUUCUUAUUAGACGGGCCGCAAACAUGGCAGUUCCUUCAGGUGGUGGAAGGACAGCAGUUAGCUAACUUUUCUGAGUUACAUAAGGAAAACAAAUCAAUAGAAGAGACGGACUAUAAUUUGAAAACAUGGGUUUUAUAAGGCACGUCGUGUGCGCCAUGUCUGGCGGCGUCGACAGCUCCGUGGCGGCGUUGUUACUGAAGAGAAGAGGUUACAGUGUGACAGGAGUGUUUAUGAAGAACUGGGACUCUCUGGAUGAAAGCGGACUUUGCACUACAGAGAAAGACUGUGAGGACGCCUACAGAGUAUGCAAGACUCUGGACAUCCCCUUCCACCAAGUGUCUUAUGUCAAAGAGUACUGGCAUGAAGUUUUCAGUAAUCUGUUAAAGGAGUAUGAGAAGGGCAGGACUCCAAACCCAGAUAUACUGUGCAACAAGCACAUCAAAUUCAACCAUUUCCACAAAUAUGCCAUCAACACUCUGGGCGCUGAUGCUAUGGCAACGGGCCACUACGCAAGGACAUCCCAGGAAGAUGCAGAGGUUUUUCAGCAGACACACACAGCCCCGCCCACCACGCUCUUCAGAGAUCGUUUUGAGAUCAGAAAUCCGGUGAGGCUGCACAAGGGAGCAGAUCUCGUCAAAGACCAAACUUUCUUCCUCAGCCAGAUCUCACAAGACGCCUUGCGACAAACCAUGUUCCCACUUGCUGGACUCACCAAAGAUUUUGUGAAAAAGAUUGCUGCUGAAGCCGGGUUCCACCAUGUGCUGAAGAAGAAAGAGAGCAUGGGUAUCUGCUUCAUUGGAGAGAGAAACUUUGAAAACUUUAUUUUGGAGUAUCUAGAAUCUAAACCAGGGAACUUUGUCUCCAUUGAGGACGGGACCAUAAUGGGAAAACACAAAGGCUGGUUCACUCUGACUCUGGGCCAGAGGGCGAGGAUAGGAGGGCAGAAAGACGCCUGGUUUGUCGUGGACAAAGACAUCACGACUGGAGAUGUGUUUGUCGCUCCAGCUACCAAUCACUCAUCUCUGUUCCGUGACACGAUGCGGACGGACCGCUUUCACUGGAUAGCAGAUGACCCGCCUCCCACACUAGCCAGGACCCAGAUGAUGGAGUGUCACUUCCGCUUCAUCCACCAGAUGCCGCUCACUCCCUGCACUGUGACUCUGAACAUGGACGGCUCUGUGUGGAUCUCACUCUCCCAGCCAGUUAGAGCUCUGACGCCUGGACAGUUUGCUGUACUCUACAAAGGAGACGAGUGUCUGGGUAGCGGGAAGAUCAUCCAGCUGGGGCCCAGUGAAUACACGCUCCAGCAGGGCCGAGAACGUUUGUUAGCAGCCGCGCGGCUCAAGGAGAAGCAGACCCCUGAACCAGUGAGCUGAGACGACCCCGCAGCCCAGCCGUGGUGGAAAUGCACUCUGUCUGGUACAUUAGAGCACUCUGAUUUGGAAAAUAAACAGUUUCUUAGGGUUUUAUGACACGCUGCUCCUGGUGAGCUCAACAGUAUUGAUGACACAAGGACAAAACGGUUACAUACUGUGAGCUUGUCUGUUAACUGACCAAAGUGUUUGUUCAGCUAAAAUCAUCUCCAGUCGGCAAGUGUUUUAGAGUUAACACUACACGGUAAUAAUAUGGUUUACUAAGCAACAGUAACCUCGCUUUAAAAGGAAAUCAAACGUUACAAACGUUCACUUACGUACUUCUAACAUCACUAAAUGGAUCUACUUCAACACCUCAGCAAACUUUUCCAGGUACAGUAUGUCUGUUUCUGCUUGUGUCAUAAUUUAUACCAAGAUAAUUCUCUAUUGCACCUCCAUGAUGGCACUAGUUGUGCUGUUAUUGAUGAAUAUGCAUUACAAGGAAUAACACCUUGAAAUAAGUUUUAUUUAGGCAAACAAGACUGUUGGAUAAUCAUGUACUUGGUACUGGUUUAUGUACUGUAUUCAAGAAGAAUACACUCAGUGCUAAAUGUGUUUUU